AUGCUGCGCCGGAGGCCGCAAGGAAUUAUAGGAUCAUGUAGGUUCGGUCUGUCGUACCGCAACGUCUGGCACAUCACAUCACGACUUUGCAAUGCAGGAAACACAGGAAGUCCACAAACAGCGACUGGCGCAUCAGCGGAAACCGCCAUAGGAGGGAGAAUGGAUGACACGAGAGCCCAUCAAUGGAAUGAUACAACCCUAUUGAAUGACAUUGCACGCAUUCUCUGUCAACUUCUGUCUCAGCGUGGUACGGCGAAACAGGACAAGUCCGAAGGCUCCCAAGAAACAAAAUCUCUUCACGUUCACGAGCUCUUCCGUGAGCUCGGCGUCGAACUUCGGUAUCAGCUGCAAAACUCCUCUUUUGGUCUUUUGGACCGGGCCCUCCAAAGUAAACCGGAAUGGUUUGUUCUCAGUGCCAAUGGAUCGGCAGUGAGUUGUACGGAAGCAAUGCGGUUGCAUCUUGAGGGAAUUGGCAGAGAAGGAUUCACGGACACAAUUCCUGGGGCCGCUAACGUCCCCAACCUUGAGUGCAAAGCGCGAAGUGUGAGAUGCUCCAAGCCCGCAGGUCAUCUUAUAAGUUGCAAAACCAAUGUAUUGGUUCACGGUCCUCUGGCCACUACGCCGGUAGACGUGUCUAAGCCACCAAUUACUCCCGAGGAAAUCGAGCAGCUGAAGCUUAGACGGCUUAUUUGCCCUCUUAAUUUGUAUUUCCUCCUUGAUGGCCCCCCGGUGACUCUGUUCCCCUCCGGUGACAAGCCACGUCGACUCUCAGAUCAGUUCCAAGAGUUGGAUGCACUGUAUGUUGCAAAGGGGUUCUUCUCGCCUUCUGAAGUUGCGGCGGCAUUUAUUCACAUUACACCCACGUUUUUCGUGGAAACACGUCAUGUUCUUAAUGCCAUGUCACCUGAUGUCGCGCACAGCUUUGAGCGGCACAUGUCAAGGGACCAUAUCGUUGAUGCAUUCUUUAAGAAGUAUCCCAUGAUCUUCAAACUAAAAACUGGAAAAUUUCAGAAGGCAUCGGUGAAGCUAAACCUUGAUUUUCCGUUUGUUCGUGACUAUCCUGGUUGUGGCCGCGCUGAUCGCCCCUUGCGACGUUACAAUCAGGAGUACCGGGCCACGGUCGGUGGUUUAUCGGCUCGGCCGCUUCCUUCAGCCGAACCGGCGGCGAACGCACGUCGUGGGGAACCGCACAUCGACGUGAAAAUAUUUGAGGUACUUGUGCGAAAUUUACCACGGGUUCCAACAGAUCCCACGAUUCCAAAGCAGCAGCUCGAGGAACAGCGAUGCCAGUCAUUUCCUCUGGUUGAGUGGAUCAAUAAGUUCUCCCAGGAUGACAUUGAGACGCUGAAUAGUGUGCCACAAGCACGAGUGCUGACGCUCAUGACCCGCUACGUCCGAAUUUUCCAACUUAUGUGCCAUGGUGAGGAUGGAAACGUGUUUACAGAAUCGAAGUGCCUUGACCAGUUGCGAAAUGGUAGGCGAAGUCUUCCCGAAGAGCGGUCGAAUGCGUCUCGCGCUGCUUCGGACUCAACCAAAUUAGAUGAGGAUCUCCAAGGGGAAGUAGUUGAUUUCGGAGUUGAUGAUAUAGAAGACGAGGAUGGCAAGACGCCUGACACGGCACUGAUCGCAUCUAAAGAGGAGGUGAAACGGCGGGAGGCAAAUCUGUCGGCUGCGUUGCGGGAUGAUCUCAUUGGCUUGGACGAGAUCUUACUUGAAGGUAAGUGUCCCUCAGUCGAACCCGUCGAAAAAGAUGGCGUUACCUCGGGUCAAGACAAUGGGGACAGCGCGUCUCUUAAGAAUCCUGAAGACGGGGACGAUGAGGUUGAUGGUUUUGAGGGUGGAUCCAACUGCGCUGAAGGGGACGACGUUUUCCUUCCUUGCGGCGAAGGGAACGAGGAAACCGAGUUUAGGCGCUCAAGGAACGUAGACUCUUCAUUUCCCAAUGAAGAGGAAGGCCAAAGUGGGUUUUACAUUCCGUCGCGGUAUGACAUCAUUUACGUCCGUCGUUUGCCCAAGCACAUCGCCCCGAGAAGUCUAAGCGAUUAUAACGUAGCCACAACUCCCGAGCCUGAGCUGUUGCAGUAUCUGGUGGCGUUCCUUAACCCACCACCCUCCCUGCAUGGGAAUCUUAUGAUGAAGAAGGUGCCGCCGCCUCUUAAGUUUGCGGAAGGGAAACCUCCCAUGCCUUGGCGCUGGGUUCCCGUUCAACGUAUUUACGCCUCGCUCAGCAAAGAGCAAAAGCGAUUGCUCCGGCCCUACAAGGGACUUGUGCACUUCAUGCGCCUCCACGGUGAGGUCUUUGAACUCAGUGACGACCUCUUGCAUGUUAUUGCGCAUGAUCCGCAGGGGAAAAUACCUCCGUUUGUUCCUACGCAAACUGUCUUUAACAGUGAGGAUCGUGUUUUGCUGCCGCCUACACUUGAUGACGACGAGAACUCGAAGGCAUCACUGAUUGGGGAUACGGAGCGGAACAAAUUCCGGAGUAUUUUGGGCGCUAGUCAAAUACCGACUGAUCGCCGCCAACUUCUGCUGCUUGACCCGCAGAACCCUCUGCUUGAUCAUGAAGUGCUGUGUGAGGAGGUUUCUUUCUUCAUGCCGGACCAUCCCGUUUCCCUCCAUCAACUGGUGGCACGACUGCCACCCAUUCUAAAGGCGGCACUUUCCCAUCGGCAUCGCAACAAUUUCAAGUCAAGUAAACACCUCACUGUCUGGUCGGAUGGCACUCGUAUGAUGUUGCAAAAGAGUAAACUCGGUGUGCCGGAAGCAGCACUUCAGGCGGAGGAAGGUCUUAGCGUAGAGGAUGCUGUUGAGUGCAUUCGGGAGGUGGUUCCUGAUGAGGGCAUUAUGGUUGGGCAUUUGCAACGCAUGUUGCCGAGCGCAGCAAAACGCACGCUCAAGGAGCAAUUUGGUGGUCUUCACACUGCUCUACUGGGAUAUCCGCAGUAUUUCUACAUUGAGAAGAAUGGUGAAGACCGCAACAGCAGCAUGCUAUUCCUCGUAGAACGACUGCAGCACGAGUAA